AUGUCGGUUCCUGCAAAAGGUAUCAUGGACAUAAAGAACCUUGACACUGAAGACCAUCCCACAGGGUUGGAUCCUAUGCCUACCAAAGGCUCAAUCGAGACCACCAACAUCGACGAUGCCACAGCCAGCCGCCUGCGCUGGAAACUCGACCUCCGCCUCCUCCCGCUCCUGUGCAUUACCUACGCAUUGCAAUCGAUCGACAAGACGACCCUUUCCUAUGCUGCAGUCUUCGGCCUCCAGGAUGAUCUGCAUCUCAAGGGAACAGAGUACUCGUGGCUUGGGGCGAUCUUCUACCUGGGGUAUUUGGUGUGGGAGUUCCCGACCAAUGUGAUGUUGCAAAAGCUGCCAAUCAAUUACUUCAUGGCGGGAACAGUGGUCAUCUGGGGCGCAAUCCUCAUGUGCCAUGGCGCUUCCACAAACUUCUCCGGCCAGGCAGCAGCACGGACAUUCCUAGGCGCAUUCGAGGCCUCGAUUAACCCAGGAACCAUGUUGAUGUUCUCGAUGUACUACUCGCGGCGCGAGCAGCCACUCCGCAUGGGCAUUUGGAUUGGAUCUGCUGGACUUGGGUAUGUAAUCGCAGGGAUAGCGUCUUUCGGGAUCGGUCAUAUCCAUUCCGCAAUUGCGAGUUGGAGAGUGCUCUAUAUCAUCUGGGGCGCCAUCACUGUUGCAUGGGGAGUGAUCUUGCUGAUAUUCUUGCCGGGCUCGCCGCUGAGGACGAAGUUCUUGAAGGACGGGGAAAGGGAGCUGGUCCUGGCUAGAGUUAAGGAUAAUGCAGCAGGCAUUGAGAACAAGGAGUCCAAGUGGGGACAGUUCCGAGAGGCGAUGAUGGACGUCAAGACUUGGUUGUUGUUUUUGUUUGCGGUGACGAGUAACUCGCCGAAUGGGGGGUUGACUUCGUUCCAAGGUCUGAUCAUCAAAGGAAUGGGAUUCUCCACCUUGCAAACGACGCUCAUCCAGAUGCCUUCCGGUGGUGUGCAGCUCAUCAUCUGUCCUUUGGCCUGCUUCUUCGCCACCCAUUACCCCAAUGCCCGACUUUUUACCAUGCUCCUGUGCAUAGUUCCAUUCCUGGUCGGCGUCCUGGGCCUCUGGCUACUCCCCUCCUCAAAUCCCUACGGCCGCCUUGUCUGUCUUUGGAUAUCCUUUGCAUAUACCGCCGCCUGGACGCUCUCCAUGUCGGUAGCGACUGCCAACACGGCAGGUCACACCAAGAAGAUCACCACCAACGCUUUGCUGAUCAUUGGCUACUGCUUGGGUAAUUUUGUCGGUCCGUUCUUCUUCAAGACCGAACAAGCACCGAGGUACCCACUAGGAGUGGGAAUGAUGUUCUUCUGUAUUGCAGCGCAAGUGAUAUGCCUGGUUGGGCUAUGGGUAUUGCUUUGGUGGCGGAAUUCGAAGAGAAGUGUUGUUUGGAGCGAGCGAGGGGUUAGUGAGGGGAGUAGAACAGCGCUGGCAUUCGAGAGGGGGAUGUUGGAUGAGACGGAUUUUGAGAACGAGUAUUUCCAGUACGUGUAUUAG